GCGGGGCGGGCGGGGGGCAGGCAGGGAGGCAGCGGCGGGCGGGCACCCACCGAGCGUCCGCAGCCCGCGGGGCACCGGCCUUCUCGGAGCCUAGGGCGGGCCGCGAUGCGAGCGGCGGCGCGGUGAAGCGGGGCCGCGGCGGGGGAAGGAGAGGGCAGCCCCCCGGGCGGCGGGCCUGCGCUAGCCGUGCCCCGGCGACAGCGGAGAGAAGCCGGGCUGCGCGACGCCCCGCUGCCGCCUCCUCCCUCCCGCCCUGCACUCACCCCCUCCCCCCCGGAGCCGCUCCCUCGCCGCCUCCCUUCCCUCGGCUCCAUCCCUUCCCUCGGCUCCAUCCCCUCCCCGCUGGAUGAGGCGGCCCCCUCCCCGCUGCUGACCCCUGCGGACCCCAGCUGUAGGAUGAGCCCGAAGGACUCGCAGGGGGCGAGGCCGCUCCGCUCCCCGAGGAGGAUCUAGUGGGGGGGCACCGACGCGACGCCGCCCCCCGCCAGGCACCUCGUCCUUCAUGGUGGCUCCCUGCGACCACCAUCUCGGAGCAGACGCGCAGCCCGGGGCCCGUGUGUGUGUCUGUGCGCGCCGCUGCCGCGGCCGCCCGAGUGAGGGAAAAUGUCCACUCGGACUCCAUUGCCCACGGUGAACGAGCGCGACACCGAGAACCACACGUCCCACGGAGAUGGACGGCAGGAAGUUUCCUCUCGAACUGGGCGCUCUGGAGCUCGCUGCAGGAACUCCAUAGCCUCCUGUGCUGAUGAGCAGCCGCAUAUUGGAAAUUACAGACUCCUUAAAACGAUUGGAAAGGGGAAUUUUGCAAAAGUGAAACUGGCAAGGCACAUCCUAACUGGCAGAGAGGUUGCCAUAAAAAUAAUUGACAAAACACAGCUGAACCCAACUAGUCUACAAAAGCUCUUUAGAGAAGUAAGAAUAAUGAAGAUCUUAAAUCAUCCAAAUAUAGUGAAGCUAUUUGAAGUCAUUGAAACUGAAAAAACUCUCUAUUUAAUAAUGGAAUAUGCAAGUGGGGGGGAGGUGUUUGACUAUCUGGUUGCACAUGGAAGAAUGAAGGAAAAGGAGGCUAGAGCUAAAUUUAGACAGAUAGUAUCUGCAGUGCAGUAUUGCCAUCAAAAACAUAUUGUUCAUAGAGAUCUCAAGGCUGAAAAUCUAUUGCUUGAUGCAGAUAUGAACAUUAAAAUAGCUGACUUUGGUUUUAGCAAUGAGUUUACAGUCGGAAAUAAACUGGACACCUUUUGUGGCAGCCCACCAUAUGCUGCUCCAGAGCUCUUUCAAGGGAAGAAAUAUGAUGGACCUGAAGUAGAUGUUUGGAGUUUAGGUGUUAUUCUUUAUACUCUUGUGAGUGGAUCUCUUCCCUUCGAUGGACAGAACUUAAAGGAACUUAGAGAAAGAGUGCUAAGGGGAAAAUACAGGAUUCCUUUCUACAUGUCCACAGACUGUGAAAACCUCCUCAAACGUUUCCUGGUGCUAAACCCAACAAAAAGAGGCACUCUAGAGCAAAUUAUGAAGGACAGGUGGAUCAAUGCAGGGCAUGAGGAGGAUGAACUUAAACCAUUUGUUGAACCAGAACUAGACAUCUCGGACCAGAAAAGAAUAGAUAUCAUGGUAGGAAUGGGAUAUUCUCAAGAAGAAAUUCAAGAAUCCCUUAGUAAAAUGAAGUAUGAUGAAAUCACAGCUACAUACUUACUCCUAGGAAGGAAGUCAUCAGAGUUGGAUGCAAGUGAUUCAAGCUCCAGCAGCAAUCUUUCACUUGCCAAAGUUAGGCCAAGUAGUGAUCUUAAUAAUAGCACUGGACAAUCUCCUCAUCACAAAGUUCAGAGAAGCAUAUCUUCUAGCCAGAAACAGCGGCGGUACAGUGAUCACGCUGGACCAUCCAUCCCCUCAGUAGUGGCAUAUCCCAAAAGAAGCCAGACUAGUACUACAGACAGUGACCUCAAAGAGGAAGGAAUUCAGUCAAGAAAAUCCAGCAGUAGUGCUGUUGCAGGAAGAGGAAUUGCACCAGCUAGCCCAAUGCUUGGAAAUGCCAGCAAUCCCAAUAAGGCUGAUAUUCCUGAACGUAAGAAAAGUUCGGCUGUCCCUAGUAAUAAUACUACCCCUGGAGCAAUGACACGGCGCAACACMUAUGUUUGUAGUGAAAGAACCACUGCUGAUAGGCAUUCAGUGAUACAAAAUGGCAAGGAGAACAGCCUGACAGAAAUGUUCGCUUACGCAGCUAGCCCUGCUUCAGUUUGUACCACAUCCUUCUCCAGUGUUCGGCUGCGACAUCAGAAGUCGAUGUCCAUGUCAGCCUCUGUGCACACGAAGAUGAUGUUGCCUCCAAUAGACAAUGGCGCAGAUAACUUCAGGCCUAUCGCUAUUCCCGAUCAGAGAACUCCCGUUGCUUCAACUCACAGCAUUAGCAGUGCGACCACCCCUGACCGUAUUCGUUUCCCCAGAGGAACGGCCAGCCGGAGCACGUUCCACGGGCAGCUCCGCGAGCGCCGCACCGCCACCUACAACGGCCCGCCCGCCUCGCCCAGCCUGUCCCACGAGGCAACGCCGCUCUCGCAGACCCGCACCCGGGGCUCCACUAACCUCUUCAGUAAACUAACUUCAAAACUAACAAGAAGAAACAUGUCAUUCAGGUUUAUCAAAAGGCUCCCGACUGAAUAUGAGAGGAACGGGAGAUUUGAGGGCUCAAGCCGCAAUGUAGCUGUGGAUCAGAAGGACGAGAACAAGGAAGCCAAGCCUCGGUCACUGCGUUUUACCUGGAGCAUGAAAACCACCAGCUCCAUGGAUCCCAAUGACAUGAUGAGGGAAAUCCGAAAGGUCCUGGAUGCCAAUAAUUGUGACUAUGAACAAAGAGAGCGUUUCUUGCUUUUCUGUGUCCAUGGAGAUGGGCACGCGGAAAACCUUGUACAGUGGGAGAUGGAGGUGUGUAAACUGCCAAGACUGUCCCUGAACGGAGUUCGCUUUAAGCGGAUAUCGGGAACAUCCAUAGCUUUCAAAAACAUUGCUUCCAAAAUUGCCAAUGAGUUAAAGCUGUAACAAGAAAAAAUAGUUAAGUUGUAAAUUAGUUAGCAAUUUAAAGUGUUUUUGAGAAUUCCGAUGGAAAUGUAUAGAAUAACAUUUAGGCAAUAACUUCUGCAUCCUUCUGAAUAGUGAUAUUAAAAAAAAAGCUGCUGAGCUGGGAGGGAGAGUUGGACUUUUUUAUAAGUGCACUACAGCAUUAAAGUUGCCUACUAUGUAAAAUA